AAGUGCCUAUUCGAGGUGGCCAAGCUGUGUCUCGCCAGAAGCAUAGCUCAAAGUGCCGCAGUUUCGCCGAACAACUAAGACAGUCUCGUGCUACAUUUGACGACGCUGGACUAACGUGGGGUUUACUUGGACCAACAUGCCUUCUCCCUACCCGCAAUUCUUCCUUUUCGGAGAUAGUAUCACACAAAACUCUUUCGAUCAGAAUCUAGGCUUUGGCUUUUCUGCGGCGCUUCAAGAUGCCUACAUAAGAAAACUGGAUGUAGUCAACCGCGGAUUCAGUGGUUACAACACUCGUCAAGCUCUCCAGGUGCUGCCAUCCAUUGUGCCGUCCCCAGAGCAGGCUACGAUUCGCUUCUUGACCGUAUUCUUUGGCGCCAACGACUGCUCACUACCGGAUGCUCCCAACAAGCAGCACGUUCCACUUGAAGAGUACCAGGCCAACCUAGAGAAGAUUAUCACACACCCACUGAUACAGGCUCACAAUCCGCGCAUCCUUUUGAUUGCUCCACCUCCAAUCAAUGAACAUCUCUGGUGGCCGAGGGACCAGUCCAAUGGAUACACGAGCGUGUCGCGAGUGGCCAGUAUAACCAAGGACUAUGCGGACGCAGCCUGCAAGGUGGGAGCCAAGCUCGAAGUGCCCGUGGUAAAUCUCUGGAAAGCGUUCAUGGAAAGGGCAAACUUUAAGAGCGAUGCUUGGAAGCUCGGAGACCCUCUACCUGGGUCCCUUGAUAUUCCACAGAACGACGCAUUGGUGGCGCUCAUGUAUGAUGGCCUCCAUUUCCAGCCUGAAGGCUACGUCAUUCUUUUCCAGGAGGUCAUGAAGACGAUUGCUGAGCAGUGGCCAGACCAGAUGCCGGAGAAGCUAUCGACUGUUUUCCCAGGGUGGAAUGAUGAGGAUGAGUGGAAGGUGUGGGAAAGCAAUCAGGCGUUGUCGCAAUAGAUUUCCAAGAUUGACAGCGGCCUAGACGGUACAUAUAUAGAGUAUUGCAAUGUAUAUGCACGCUCGAAUGCUACAGCAUCUCAUGUUGUGUCGUGCUGUCGUACUGUCAUAUAGAAGAGGUAUGGAGGCUGCGGGGAAGCGGCGAGACGACCGGCGGGCUGCAUUAGCUCUUUCCCGAAAGGUGCUUCGAACCUCAGAAGAUGC